GAGAUUGGGCGGAUAAAUCGGUAGAAUAUCCCUAUCCUCUGCUAAAAGCCAAUUACAGGCCUUAUCAAGAAACAACUACCACUAUUAGCAGAAACAGCACGACCGAAAGGGUCAAGUCGAUAACGUUCAGUCUUCCAAGGAUAAAUGGAAGGUGAACCAGUUAAUGUUAGCGAGGUCCAAGAACUAGCUAGGCGAGCCCUUCCCAGAAUGUACUAUGACUACUAUAGAGGUGGAGCCGAGGAUGAACACACACUAAGAGAAAAUGUGGAAGCAUUCCAAAGAAUUACGAUCUGGCCAAGAAUACUUGUCGAUGUUAGCAGAACCGAUUUGUCAACAACUGUUUUGGGUUACAAAAUUUCGGCACCAAUUUUGAUUGCUCCAACUGCUAUGCAUAAGUUGGCACACCCUGAAGGUGAGGUUGCCACAGCAAGAGCAGCAGCUGCAUGUAAUACCAUAAUGAUUUUAUCCUACAUGUCUACUUGUACCGUUGAGGAGGUUGCUUCAAGCUGCAAUGGUGUUCGGUUCUUCCAGAUAUAUGUAUACAAGAAACGAGAUAUAACAGCUACUUUGGUGCAGAGAGCUGAAAGAUGUGGAUACAAGGCCAUCGUCCUAACAGUUGAUACUCCUAGACUUGGUCGAAGGGAGAAAGACAUAAAGAACAAAAUGGUUGCACCUCAAUUGAAGAACUUUGAAGGCCUCAUAACAACUGCAGUCUCCAGUGAUGACGGUUCAAAUAUAGAAGCAUUUGCCAAGAGUACAUUUGAUGCAUCUUUUUCUUGGAAGGACAUAGGAUGGUUAAGAUCUAUCACAAAUUUGCCGGUUCUGAUCAAGGGAGUACUUACUCGUGAAGAUGCAAUAAAGGGUGUUGAAGUAGGGGUUGAUGGGAUUAUCGUCUCAAAUCAUGGGGCUCGCCAGCUAGAUUAUGCUCCAUCAACUAUUUCUGUUCUAGAAGAGGUGGUUGGUGCAGUUAAAGGAAAGGUUCCUGUUUUAUUUGAUGGAGGAAUAAGGCGGGGAACACAUGUUUUCAAGGCCUUAGCUCUUGGUGCGCAAGCUGUCCUUAUUGGAAGGCCUGCUGUGUAUGGGCUUGCAGCUAAGGGAGAAUACGGAGUAAAAAGGGUCAUCGAAAUGCUGAAGGAUGAACUUGAGCUCACCAUGGCCCUCUCCGGCUGCCCUACUCUCAACAAUAUUUCCAGGAAGCAUAUCAGAACCGAGAAUGACACACCCCAUUCCAUGCUUUAAAGCUAGACAAUAUUGUUGAAUCUUAUUCAUAAAUU